UGACACAAGAACAAACCGUUGCAACAUAAAUAAACUUAUCUAAUCAAAGAGAGUUUUUCCUACCUAAUUCCUUUGCCUUCGUCCUCUUCUCUAAAAAGAACUAUUUUUUCUUAUUCUUGUGUGGUGUAUUCACUUUCCAUAGAAGAAGAAGAAGAACAUGUCUACUUUGAUUGUACCCCCAAUUCCUCCUUCCCCAAGAGAUGACGCCAUGCAACUUUACCGUGCUUUCAAGGGAUUUGGGUGUGACACUAGUGCCGUUAUCAAUAUCCUUGCUCAUAGAGAUGCGACACAGCGAGCCUACAUCCAACAAGAAUACCGAACAAUAUAUUCCGAGGAACUUUCUAAACGCCUCGAGAAGGAGCUUCGUGGAAAGUUAGAGACUGCAGUUCUGCUUUGGAUGCAUGAUCCUGCAGGACGCGAUGCAACAAUCGUUAGGAAGUGUCUAACUGUGGAUGCAAACAUCCAAGGUGCUACCGAAGUAAUAUGUUCACGCACUCCGUCCCAGCUGCAACAUUUAAGACAGAUCUAUCAUUCCAAAUUUGGUACCUAUAUGGAGCAUGAUAUUGAGGCAACCACCUUCGGUGACCAUAAAAAGAUCUUGCUCGCAUUUUUAACUACACCUCGACAUGAAGGCUAUGAGGUUAAUAGAGAAAUAGCUCAGCAAGAUGCCAAGUUCCUCUACAAGGCAGGGGAAAAGAAACUUGGCACCGACGAGAAGGCUUUUAUUCGCAUUUUCAGUGAACGGAGUGCAGCACAUUUGGCUGCUAUCAGCUCUUAUUACCACGAUAUGUAUGGUCACUCACUCGAGAAGGCAGUAAAGAAUGAAACAUCAGGGCAUUUUGCUUAUGCUCUUUUGACAAUAGUCCAAUGUGCUGAGCAUCCUGGAAAGUAUUUUGCAAAGGUGUUACAUAAGGCGAUGAAAGGUUUGGGGACGAAUGAUGCCACGCUUAUAAGGGUCAUUGUAACGAGGACUGAGAUUGACAUGCAGUAUAUCAAAGCUGAAUAUUUGAAGAAAUACAGGAAGACACUGAACGAUGCAGUUCAUUCUGAGACAUCUGGUCACUACAGGGAUUUUCUUCUCCAACUUUUGGGUCCAAAUGUGUAGUUAACAAUUCAACAUGUUCGAUGCCCCUAUGAUGAUGAAUUAAAAAGAAGCUACAACCUUGUAUUUUAUUUUAUGUUUAAAGAACAAUGUUUCAGUUAGGCAAUGUGUAGUGCUUUGUAAGGAUUAUGUACAUCAUGAUCCAGUUUGAGUGAAGGAUUUGUGUUUGUAAACAUAUGAAGGGCUUUUGUGCAUUAUGUGUAACUAAUGUUGCUUUUCAUAUUGACCAUAA